AUGGCUUCGACAACACCGCCGAUCCGGCUGCCGACCGCACCGGACGAACCGCCGCCAUGGUCGCAGCCCGGCCCCGCCGGCAACAGCAGCAGAUCUGUCUCGGAUACCAACCGACUCGGACGGCGCUACAGUCUCGGCCGGAGCCCGUCGUCGCGCUCAGGCGUCCGUGGACAGCUGGCCCAGGGCAGCGAGAUGCUCGCGUCGUUGGCGGCAAGCGUGCGCACGGCGGCCGACCACGCGGCCGGCUACUUUGUGCGGCUGCCUCCAUUACAGCGCGUCUUUGUGGCUCUCGGCAUGGCGGCCGGCUUUUGCGCCGGCGUGCUGCUGCUCACGUACAGCCAUCGGAUCUUUGCAUGGCUCGGCCCCGUGGCCAAGGGCUGGCACGACCUCCGUGGUGGCUGGGUGCUCGUCUGGCUGCUCAUCUUCGCGUCCGCCUUUCCGCCCAUCAUCGGAUACAGUACCGCCUGCACGACCGCCGGCAUCGUCUACGGCUUCCCUUGGGGCUGGCCGCUGGCCGCUACUGCCAGCGUCGCCGGCAGCCUCGUCUCGUUCCUUGCUAGCCGCGGCGUGCUUAGCCGCUAUGUUGACCGCCUCGUCGGUGACGAUCGCCGCUUUGUCGCCCUCGGCCACGUCCUCCGCCAGGAUGGCCUUUGGGUCCUCGCCGCCGUCCGCUUCUGUCCCCUGCCCUACAGCCUCAGCAACGGCUUCCUGGCUACCAUCCCCAGCAUCACCCCGCUGUCCUUUGCCCUCAGCACGGCCAUGGCAAGCCCGAAACUCAUCGUCCAUGUCUUCAUCGGCAGCCGCAUCGCCAAACUAGCCGAGGAGGGCGACUCCAUGUCCGUUGGCGACAAGGCUGUCAACUAUAUCAGUAUGAUGAUCUUUGGUCUCUUCGGUGUCGGCAUCGGCCUGCUGGUCUUCCGACGCACCAUGGCUCGCGCUGCUGAGCUUGACGCUGGCGAAGGUGCUGAGGAGGGUCGCGCUGGCUUAACCACCGGCGAGGAUGGCCCCUAUGCCGAUAGUGACAAUGGGGAGCUGCUCAACCCUGAUGACGUCGAUGUCGCUGCCCUGAUGGACGAAGACGACAUCUCUCUGUGGGCCACCGACCAGUUCGCCGACAGCGAUGGAGCGGACAGCAGCACCGCCGCGGAAGGUCAAGGCAACAGCGGUCGUGCAGCGACAUAUCGCGACGGAGAUAGUGAGCCUGCAAAAGCGCCGGCCUCGCGCAAGCAGUGA